CCUACAGUACAAGUGUCAAAAAUCGUGUUUGAAAACUCCCAAUAAUUCCACGCACUUUGAUCUUGUCCUUUAGAAAAUUUUUGGAUAUGUGUCAGAUGUAUGACUAAUCAGUUACUCAGCUCCAUGCAAAGUUAAGUGCAUGCAAAAAUCAUUUUCACUUUAGUACAUUUCAGACAUUAAUCUAAAGCGUCAAAAAAAUGGGUAACAGUUCAAGUUUACUUUUACGAGAGGAUGAAAUCGCUCAAAUACAGGAAGCAACAGGAUUUACUCCAAAUCAAAUAGAGCGUCUCUACAGCCGAUUCACAAGCCUUGAUCGCGGAGAUUGUGGGACUCUUAGUCGCGAAGACUUUUUGAGAAUUCCCGAAUUAGCAAUCAAUCCUUUAGGCGAUAGAAUAGUAAAUGCUUUUUUCGAAGAAAGUGGCAACGACCGCGUAAAUUUUCUACAAUUUAUGCAAGUGCUGUCCCAUUUCAGACCAAUCAAAAAGAAUAGUCCAAACCGACUCAACUCCAGACAAGAGAAGCUUAAAUAUUUCAGUGAAGAGCAACUCUCGAGUAUCGCAGAACGUACGAUUCUCGAAGCAGAUGAAAACGGCGACGGAAUGAUUUCCUUCGAAGAAUUUUGCAAGGCUCUCGAAAGAACUGACGUUGAACAAAAAAUGUCGAUUCGAUUUCUCAGUUAAGCAGUUCAAUAUUUUGCGCAUAGCACAAAUAGCUAUAGCAGUUUAAAACAAAAAUUUUAUUUUUAUUUAUUCGUGUAUUUCAAAUGCACGAUAAUUUUUUUAAUUUUUAUUAUUUAUAACUUAUGUUGAUCUUAAUAUUAAUAUGCAAAUAUACUUUCUCCUACGGCUAUUUUCUCUGACAUAAGAUUGUUCUGUUCUAGACGGCUGGAGUUAAAAGCAAGAAUUUGUUUUUUGCUUAUAAUCUCAGCCUUUUAUUUAAUCCUCUGCCUGUGGAAAAGCUGAAAAAUUCUGGAGGCGUGGGAAAAUGCCAAUCGCGUGCUAGUUUCAAGAAGUGGCAAUGUGCCCCCACAGGCAGGGAGUUAAUAUUUUCAGUCGUGUUGGUUUGUGAAACCAGCUUUCAUUUUUCUGAGCAUCUGAAUUUAUUACAAAGCAAUUGUAAAAAUUUGGAACCAGGAUAUGGAUUAAAUAGCCUACAUUCAUUAUUUAUUAAGAUUGUUGAUAAUUUUCUGUAUUAUAGUCCUAAUGUAUUUAGCAAUGUGUAAAAAAUCUUUAUUCUGGAAAAUAUAC